UUCUUGGUUGAGAAACAAAAGUUGCCUUGGAGCGAUGAAAAAAUAAGUCCGUGAAGACGAGGGAAAAAUGAACACAUCGCCAAGAAAAACCCUGUAACUUAGACAUCACAAACGUUUGUAUAUAAUGCGUCUGCAGAGAUAUGUAGACGGAUCAAUCUCGAGAUAAUGCAAGUUAGGCAAGUGCGUUGAAGUUUGACGGGGUAGUUGAUAAUCAAGCUCAUAUUUUUCUUUCUUCUGGAGUCACAAAGUUGGCAUCGGUAGCCUAAUUUACUUAAGGCGGGUGCGGAAGGCUUUUCACCUGACAAAAAUGAUGUGAGAUAGGCCGAUAAACCGUUAGAUUUUAACAAUAAUACUUUAUUUGUUUUUUUUACCGGGUUAUGUAGCGACCUAUGAAUUUUAGGAGCAGUAAUACGAAACUAUUGGGGUUAGAGGCGACUUUUGUGGAUCGUUUGCAACACUGGGCCAGGCUAAAACUAAACUUUUCAAUGUUACGAAAUAGUAUCAGAAAACGAACUAUACAUUUUAUAUUUGAGAUAUUGAUAACCUAUCGUAGGUAAUUCAAGUUAAAUAUAUUGGCGUAAUACCGAGGUAAAAACCCAACUCUGCUACCUUCUCGGAUUUUUCAAUGAGCUAACGUUACCUUGAUAAAAGUAGUUCGCUCAAUCGUGGGAGAAGUGGACUUUCAUUUUCCCCCCUCAUCUACCCUGCGGAUUACUAAAUUACACUUAGUCAAUAGAUCCUACCAGCUAGUCAGUUUUAUCAUUUCGUUUUUAGACAAUUAUUGAAAGUAUUUUACGAAACGAAUCAUGUCUGCUGAGGAGGAGAGAUUCAAGCUGGUCGUCGUGGGCGGGGGCGGUGUGGGGAAAAGUGCCUUGACCAUACAAUUCAUUCAGUCAUACUUUGUAUCGGAUUAUGACCCAACCAUCGAGGACUCCUACACCAAAAUAUGCACAGUGGAUGGGAAAGAGACACGAUUAGACAUCUUGGACACAGCAGGUCAAGAGGAGUUUGGGGCAAUGAGGGAGCAGUACAUGCGCUCAGGAGAAGGCUUCUUGCUGGUGUUCGCUCUGAAUGACACUGGCAGUUACAAUGAGAUCCACAAGUUCCACACCCAGAUACUGAGAGUGAAGGACCGGGAUGACUUCCCCAUGGUGCUGGUGGGGAACAAGGCUGACCUGGACCAGUCGAGAGUGAUCUCCAGAGAGGAGGCCCAGGGCUUUGCCAGAGAGAACAGGAUCCAUUACAUGGAGGCCUCGGCUAAGAACCGCUACAACGUAGACGAAGCCUUCCUGGAGGUGGUGCGAGCUAUAAGAAAGUUUCAGGAGACUGAGAGUCCCCCUCUACCUGCAAACCACACAGGAAAACGGAAGAGCGAUGGCUGCCCCUGCACCCUCCUUUAACGGUCCCCUCCACUGUUGUCACAGAGACCAAAACCUCCUCACCUCACCACUGAUGCAAGUCUUAUCUGACUUACCUGGAGGGAAAUGGGAAAAUUGGGCAAGGGGGGGAGAGAUAUACACUUGGAAAUGCAAAAAAAACUGUUUGGUGAAUGGGGCAGGGAUGUGUGUGUGUGGGAGAGCUUGCUUACGUUAAUGGUGGGCAAAGUGGUGUUACAUUUUUAUGGUUUCAUUCACACAUAGAAAUUAGCAUCUUCAAACUUUUUUUUUUAUAUACUUUUUGUAUUUACGGUUUUGUUAUUUCAUUAUUGAGUAAGGAUGUAAAGGGAGGCAUUGAGCUAGAUGAGAAGAGAGCAAGAGAUGAGUCCACAGCCUGAAGAAAGAGUGAGAGAGGAGGGAUGGUAAGGGGGAGAUCUCACAGAUACUGUGUUUUAGGUGGCCUCCUACAUUGGGUCAACCUGAUGUAAAUCACUGGUUUGACGUUGCUGGAAGGAAUGGGAUCAUUUAGAAACUAGAGGGUGCUGUUAUUCAUACCUACAACAGAAAAGGAAGGGAGCCCAGUUAAACUGACUAGACAAAUUGGAUUUUUGAAAAACCGCAUGGAAACGAGUGAGAUAAAGAAUAAGCAGAAUGAGAGUGGAAACAAAUGUUUGAAACACUGGUAUUUUUUCACGGUGUAGUAUCCAUGACCACAUAAUAUAUAUUUUUUGCACAACUUCAACUUACGGACUGGUAGGAAAAAGUAGUUUGACACUAAAGUACUAUUGUUUAUUUUAAAAUGAUUGGGUGGAAGUUUAGGCGUGUCCAGGUACUUUUUGUCUGCAUACAGGUGUAGGCCUGCUUUUUAAGUCAUUUUUAUUGUAAUGCUGUUUGCAAUUUUUUUGUCACACUGCUUACCAGCCAUGUACAUCAAGGAGUUCGUUUUUGAACUGUAUUAAAUGAAUGAGUCAAAGCUAAUGAAGAUCUGUUGAAAAGCUGCAGACAAGGCAUCAUUCCUAUCAACCAAAAUACUUGUGGGUCCAACAAUGACAAAUGCAGUGUAUUUAUAAUUUUGGUGUUAUGUAAAGUUCAAUAGUAUACAGGGUUAACUGAAUUAACAACAGUGACCGAAUGUAAUAUGGCAUUUUUUGCGGUAUGGCCUCGUCUCCGGGGAUUGCUCCUCAGAGCCAGAUGCUGAUGACGGGUAGCCCUACACUGGGCAGCUGGCAUCGGAAACCAACCCCGCUGCCCGUUAUUAUAACUGGGGGAGGGGAUGGUUGUCGACAACUGUUGAUGAGAAAGUGAGAGAACAUGGGUAAGUUGACAUAUAAAUAAAUCGUAAGAUUGCCCAUUGGUUGCGAGAGAGGACGGUGCUAAUUAAAAGUGUGAGCUCAUAAGCUGAACAGCAGGCAUGAGGAAUGUGCAUUAUUGUGCCGUGCUUAUGGGAUAUAAAGUAAAUAAUGAAUUACAUUCCGGACGUGGCUAAUAGGAAAGAGAAGGACGCUAUGCUGAUGAUAAUACGUUCGUAUUCAUUCCCACUAUGCACAUAUAAUUAUGUUGUGCUUCAAGUUAACCAAGCAUUCAGACCAGCCUUCCUGAUUGAACUUCCGUAAACUACAUUUGUCAUGAAGUAACUUGUUUGUUUAGAGAGGAUGUGUAGCACUAGUCCUGCAAACCUUCAUAUAGAUGUAAUUAACAGUUAGCCUACUUUUCCCCUGGGUGAUAUUUCACACAAAGCAGGAUAGCCAUCUACAUUUCUGAAAGAUUCUGAAUAUGUUCCAUAUUUGCGAGUUGAUUCAGACUCAAUUCUGUGACCCUAAAAAUAUUUUAGAUGUUUUGAUGAAUAAUUUGACUUCUCAAAACUGGCAAUCUUAUUUUAUUUGUGAAAUAGAACCCUGUUGAUGAUGUAGGAUCAACGUUUGUCCCCCAUUUGUUCUUUACCUAAUUCUAGAAUAAUCCAUUGACUCUGUGUUUAUUACUGUAGUCUAAUAAGCCACAACAUACAAUUGUACUUAAGUCUGUUCUUUGUAAUAAUUUUUAACAGCAAAGAGCAGUUUGUAUUCGUAUACCAAUGAAUCUCAAACUAUAUCUAACUUGCACCCUGUAAUCUGCCGGUAUCUGCCAUGUGUAUUUUGUACUGAAAUAAACCAAAUACUUUUUUUUACACAUUA